UUCAGUCCAUCAACGGUCAUCGGACCAGCAUUGGCCUUCCCAGUUCUUAUAUAUGUUAGCUUCGGUCUCAGAGACCCGAUGCCAUAUGCUCCCCGACAAGCAGCGGUUUGUCAGUUAAUUCUUGUCUUGUUCAACUCAGACGAGAUGACAAAACCAUCGGAGGCUACGGAUUCCGGUCAUCGUGAUGCCUUGGCGGCCGUACCAUGGUUGAGUCGUGCCGCGGUCAACGUUCUCUUGAAGUUACGGGACAUGGCCUUGCGCCCUGACGGCACCGUCAACCGCGGCUUCCUCAAUAUCAUCGACCUCAAAUCCUCUCCCAACCCGAAGCCCGUCCACGGCAUUAGCUCCUCCGACUUCACUGUCGACCCCAGUCGCAACCUCUGGUUCCGCCUCUUCGUCCCCGACGCCUCCACUGCGGCCGGCAGCGGCCCUCUCCCGCUCAUCGUCUACUUCCACGGCGGCGGCUAUGCCACCAUGAGUGCAGCAUCCGUGCCCUACGAUGGCUUCUGCCGGAGACUCGCCGGUGAGGUUCACGCGCUCGUCGCCUCUGUUGAGUACCGCCUCUCGCCGGAGCACCGGUUCCCUUGCCAGUACGAUGACGGGUUCGAUGCACUGAAGUUCAUAGCUGAGAACUCCGCAACGGUGCUGCCUGGGAAUGCAGAUCUAUCCCGGUGCUUCAUCGCCGGAGACAGUGCCGGCGGAAACCUCGCGCACCAUGUGGCAGUCAGGGCAGCGCAGUCGAAACUCGAGCAGGUCAAGAUCAGAGGGCUUAUCGCGAUCCAGCCUUUCUUCAGCGGGUUGGAGCGGACGGAGUCCGAGGUCCGCAAUGAGAAGGCCCCGAUCUUCACUGUUGCCCAGGCUGAUUGGUUUUGGAGGGCCUUCCUACCGGAGGGGGCCGACCGAGACCAUCCGGCAGCCAACGUCACUGGGCCCAAUGCUGUUGAUAUCUCAGUCCUGCCAGAGUUCCCAGCCACGAUUGUGUUCGCCGGCGGGGUCGACCCCCUGCACGAUUGGCAGGUCAAGUACUCGGAGUGGCUUCGGAGAUCGGGUAAGGAGGCGGAACUGGUUCAGUACCCGAACAUGGUCCACGGCUUCUGGGUGUUCCCGGAACUGCUUGAGGCUACUCAGUUAAUUUCAAAGAUCAAGGAUUUUAUCACUCAACGGUCAUCGAACCAAAUGUCGGAAUAAAUAAGGCAGGCAUGCAGUUUUUGAAUCCAUAUGUGGUGGAUCGUUUCAUUGAUGUGCAUUUAUCUCUUGGAUGAUCAAUAAAUUAUGUCUAUGGUACAAUCAGUUGUACAGGGCAAUCGGUUCUUUGACCGUUUGAUUAUAUGUUCAUUUAGCCAGUUUCAUUCA